AUGGCCCUCACACCAGACGACCUCACCAUCCUCUCUAUCAAUGCCAGAGGCCUCAACAAACCAGAGAGACGCUCUGGGGCGCUGAGAGACUUCCACGCCAACAGAGCAUCCAUCGUACUGAUACAAGAGACACACUUUAGGGAAGGCUGCAGACCGAAACUGACUAACCACCACUUCCCGACGGGGUAUUACAGUGAUUACCACGCAGGGAAAUCCAGGGGUACAGCCAUCCUAAUCAACAAACGAAUUCCCUUUGAAGAGAGGGGCCAGAUGACGGACAGGGAAG